CUGUGUACCGGGUAAACCUCAGUCGAGAAGUCCAACGCCUUGGCAUUCGGUGCUAACUGCAAAACAAGCUCAGGUUUAGUACAGAUAUGACCAUAAAACUAUUGCUCGGAUCUUGAAGUGCCGUCACGGAUCAUUUGGGCCCUAAUAAGUAGGGGUUUAUGUGGGUCGUCUAGACUUUGCUUCAUCCCAGGCACAGAACUAGUUGUGCAUCGUCCGUCGUGGAGUACUGAUGUACGAUCUGCCCACUGAUCCCCAUCAUGCUCAUCGUUUUGUUCCUCAUCCAAAUAAUCGCCGUGCUCGGCGGUAAUGGGCAAAAAUGUGAAUCGAAAUCCCUGCUCAUGGAUAUAAUAGAGAUGGUACCCCAACAUCAAAACUCCACACUGUCCAUGUGUGAGGAGCAGCUGGUGGUAUUGGGAAAAGCCUGGCAGGAUAAGCAGUCCUGGGCACUGAAGGCUUUGGAUGCCUCCGGCGCGGGUUUCUCCAACUUUAUGUUUGGCCAGAGCACCUGGCUGGGCAAUCGUUUCACCUGCCGUGCCGUUCAUGAGUCAAUCCUCCAGGACGCGACCGUCAAUAAUGCCCAUAUAUUGCAAGAUGUGUCGCCCAUUGAGUACCACUACAUGGUGGCCUACAUUGAGUCUAAUUCGCAGUGGCAACUACAGUUCACCUUCAAGGAGAGUCCCCUAAUCCACAUUGGACUCUGUUUGCCCAGGAAUUGUGAAGUCGCAGAGGUGGAACAACUUAUCCAAAGAUCCUUGGUGGCUGGGCAGUCGUUUAGGUGCUGGGAUAUGGAUGCCAAACUGGUCUAUGCCAAAAUACCGGAGCUAAAGCCCCAUUUCUUCGAAAGUGGAGCAUUGCAUCUGCUUCUAGUCGUGGCAUGUGGAACACUCUUGAUGACAAUCGUGUCCUGGAGUGGCGUGCUCGAGCACUGCCGCAUAGUGGCUUGCUUUAAUUUGCCCAGCAACUGGGAGCAGGCAUGGAAACCUGUGAAUCCCAGCCAGGAGAAUAGGUCCAUCAACGGACUAAGGGUGGUAACAGCCUUCUCUUUGGUUGGCGUCCAUGUGAUCUGGUACAAGUACUUCUCGGUGGAUCCCUCGGGCGAGCUGCUCGACAAGUUGGUGUCGAUGACCAUGCGGAAUACGUAUUGGCCUAGCAUGGUGGAGAUCUUCUUUUUGGUCAGUGGCUACUUGACGGUCUUGAACUUCCUGAAGGACGAAAAAUUACAACAGGAGAUAGCCAACGAUGGAUUCUGGGGUAACGGUCGUCGUUACCUUAAGCAGCUUAUCCGUCGCUAUUGCCGGCUAGGUCCGCUGCAAUUCGUCAUCAUACUGGGUGGUGUGGUGAUGAUAGAGUACCAGCGCCAGGUGUCCGCCCUGCACAUCACUGAUCCGCAGGACGAGCUGUGCCGGCGCAAUUUCAUACGAAAUUUUUUGUUCAUUCAAAAUCUUUUUCCGAUUAAGGAAAUGUGCGGAUCGUGGACGUGGUCACUGGGCUGCGACAUGCAGCUCCAUAUGCUGGCCAUGACCUUGCUUUUCGUUCACACGAAACACCCAAAGCUGGUCAGAUGGUUAACCUAUCUGCUGUUGAUCGUCAGCGCCCUAAUGUCGGUUAUCUUGAUGGAGAUCAACGAUGUGGGUUCUAAUUUCGAGGAGAUAUAUCACACCAACAAGUGGUCCUAUAUGAGUCCGUUCCUCCGGAUGAUGGCCUAUAUAAUUGGUGGUUGUUAUGCCUAUACCUUAUCCAAGGGAUUACCAACACCCGUUGAAUUGAUCUUGCCAAAUCUCUGGUCAAAAUUCGGAGCCGCUGUCUUGAUUGUAUGGCUGUCAAAACAGGUUACUAUGGAACAGUUGCCGGCGAGCAGUGUCAUAACUAUCUUCAUGGUUCUUCUGCGCGUGAUAAUAGCCGCACUGGCCAGUCACCUCAUCAUAUGCGGAACUAAGGCAGAAACCACUGAUUCCUAUACGCCCACCCGCUGGCUAUUGGCUAUUCUGCACUCGGAGCAAGUGCAGCGGAUAAGCCGGUUUACCUACUCCAUCUACCUGUUGAAUCCCAUUAUCAUCAUGGGCCUCUAUCACUCCUUCAGCGCAGAAGUAAACGCAGACACCACGAUGAUAAUCCUUAUGACAAUAUCCUUCUCGAUGCUCUGUUACGUAGUGGGAAUUGUAGCCACUGUCUUCUUCGAGAUUCCCUACAAUCGGCUGACCACUCUGCUGAUCAACUCUAGAUCCGCAAAAAAGAAGAAGAACCUUUAGAUGGCCAGGAUUAAGAUGAUGAGCCUUUUAAGCAGGAUGUUUUUGACUAUUUUUUACGUUUAGUUGGUUAAACCAGAAGUUGGCUAAUUUCAGUGGAGAAACCAUCAAUUGGUGUACUUUAAAGGAAUAUUUCGUUUAUUUAUCGAAUACAUUGAAAUGCAUACACGA